CCCGGAAGUAGCUCUGUAAAUAAAGGAGCGCAGGUUCUAGGCGCAGCUCAGGCUUUUGUUCCAGCGCAACCAUUCAAACAAGUUACACCGCAACGAUGUCUACAGAAAAAUGUCUCGCCGAAGGAAGUCCUGCACCUGGUCCGGUGCCGCAGGACCGGCUGCGUCUCUACAGCAUGAGAUUCUGCCCUUUUGCCCAGAGAACCAGAUUAGUCCUGCAUGCCAAAGGGAUCAAGUUUGACACGAUCAACAUUCACUUGAAACAGAAACCCGGUUGGUUCCUUGAGAAGAACCCCGAUGGUCUGGUGCCAGUUAUAGAGACACCUGCUGGGGAAGUGGUGUGUGAGUCUCACAUCACCAGUGAGUACCUGGAUGAAGUGUACCCCGAGAAGAAGCUGCUUCCAGCAACUCCUUUUGGAAGGGCCGAACAAAAAAUGCUGCUGGAGCAUUUUUCCAAGAUAAUACCAAACUUCUUCAAGAUCUCAUCAGCGAAAAGAAAGGGUGACGAUGCGUCAGGAUUCGAAGCUGAGUUAAAAGAGAAGUUUACCAAAUUGAAUGAACGCUUGGUGAAAAGGAAGACAAGCUUCUUUGGUGGUGAUACCAUAACCUUAAUCGACUACAUGAUGUGGCCAUUCUUUGAGAGGCUUGAGAUGUUUGGGGCGCAACGCUGCCUGGACCACACACCUGAGCUGAAGAAGUGGACUGAACGCAUGCUGGAGGAUCCAGCCGUUAAAGCCACCAUACACAGCACAGACCAUCACAAAGCCUUCUUCAAAAGCUACCAGGAUGGAGAACCUGACUAUGAUUACGGCCUAUAAUAAUAAUAAUAUAUAAAUAAUCAACGCCUCAUAGCCAUAAGCCUAUGUUUUAUCUUUUUCAGUCUUAUGGAUAGUUUAUGUGUAUCUCUUUCCACUGCACCUUGUGUUCAUUGGUCAUUUAAGAGUUACUUUUCUGAACUAGGGUAUUGAUUGAAAAUGUCCAUUUAGGACAUGUAUGUCAAUAAAUAAAUAAAAUGUGUCCAAUGAAUAA